CUGGGACACUAUGGUACCUGCCGUCUGGGGAUGCACUGGGCAUCAGGGACUGACCACUCUGUGUGAGCUGCCCAAAGCCAUCAGGUAAUAAGAGAGAAGGGGACUUGAGCCCAUGGCACUUGUGUCCUCCCAUUCUGACCCAGGGCAGCCAGUCAAUGGGUGGUAGGUUCAGCCAGAGGAAUUCCAGCACAGAGGCCAAAUAGGCAGGACAGGUCCCACGGUGGGUGUGGGAGUUCCUGACCCCAGGUAGAGGGGGGGUGACCCUGGCAGGGCCAUGCCCUCUGGGCUCAGUUCUCUUUUGCAUGGGGGGUGCAGAUAGGAGUCAUAGGAUUGUCUUUUAUGAUUACAAAUUAUUUCAGACUGUAAACAGGUACAGAGAAAGCAUAAUCAAACCCGACUUACCACAAACCUUUAAAGAACAUCUCUCUGACUUCCUGUGAACUUGUUCUUCUGCCCUGGAGGCAGAGAGGCUAAGGAAUGUGGCCCAGCUUGUUAAGUGGGGGGACCUGGGAUGUGGACCCUCCCCUGGCCAAAGCCCCUUCCUCCUGUCCGGAGCCAUUGGCCCAGCGUGUUCUGCAGUUUGCUGACAUCUAGGGAAGGGAAAAGAAGCACUUCCUGCCUGUCUCCUGGGAUCCCGAGGCGUGGGGCCCACACACUGACUCAGGCCACAUGGGGCAUCGGUGGGAACCCAGGCCAGUGAGGUGCUGGCUGGCCUAUGUGAUGAUUAAAGAGCAUCCGGCUUCUGGCAGGGCCAUGGUGCUGCAGGGGCUCCAGGAAGAGGGCCCUGCCCAAGGCCACACUGCAGGUGGCAGCGCAGGCCUGGGCCCUGGCAUCAGCGGCAGAGUGUUGAGCACUGCACCCUGUGAUGGUCAUCACUGACCGUUCUGUUCAGGGGCUGUGGUUUUGGGGUGCUCUGAAGGGAAAGGAGCACCUCGGGUCAGGGGCCGGGACUGAGUCCAGGGUGCUGUGUCUCGUGGGAGUGAUGGAGCUUUCCUCCUCAGUGACAGUGAGGCCUGGCUGGAGGUGGACCCAGGCCGCAGGCCGCCUGGCUGGGCACCCUCGAUAGGACAAGUCUCUCCUAACCUUGCUUGUCUAGUGCUUGGACGUCACUGCUCUUACUGAGGGGACACCACUAGUGGGGGCCGGGGUGAGGGCUGAGGAUGAGGCCGUGGUGUGGGGUGUUUCACCUGGGCCCUCCCAGGGAGGUGAAAGAUGCAUUGCCUCUGAAACCCCAGGACCUCAGUGAGCCUGGGAGCUGGAUGCUCAUCUCUGCCCUGCCUGCCCCGCAGGUGGGAUGCUAUGGAAUAUGAUGAGAAGCUGGCCCGGUUCCGGCAGGCCCACCUCAACCCCUUCAACAAGCAGCUUGGGCCAAAGCAGCAUGAGCAGGGGGCUGGUGAGGAGGCCCCGGACGUCGCUUCUGAAGUUUGCUUCUGUCCCUGCAUUAGAAUGGACACUACUGAGGGCAAGGACUUGUGACCAUCUCGUCACUGCUGUGUCCCAGGGCCCAGCCCACAGCAGAUGCUCACUCACCUUGAGAGAGGCCCUGCCUCAGCUGCCCCCUGAGGAGCCGGAGUUCCACUGCACUGAGCGCGUGAUGGAUCUUGGUCUGUCUGAGGACCACUUCUCCCGCCCCGUGGGUCUGUUCCUGGCCUCUGACCGGCAGCAGCUGCGGCAGGCCAUCGAGGAGUGCAAGCAGGUGAUUCUCGCGCUCCCUGAGCACUCGGAGAAGCAGAAGGACGCCGUGGUGCGGCUCAUCCACCUGCGGCUGAAGCUGCAGGAGCUGAAGGACCCCAAUGAGGAUGAGCCCAACAUCCGAGUCCUCCUUGAGCACCGUUUCUACAAGGAAAAGAGCAAGAGUGUGAAGCAAACCUGUGACAAGUGUAACACCAUCAUCUGGGGGCUCAUUCAGACCUGGUACACCUGCACAGGGUGUUAUUACCGCUGUCACAGCAAGUGCUUGAACCUCAUCUCCAAGCCCUGUGUGCGCUCCAAAGUCAGCCACCAAGCCGAGUAUGAGCUGAACAUCUGCCCCGAGACGGGGCUGGACAGCCAGGAUUACCGCUGUGCGGAGUGCCGGGCGCCUAUCUCUCUGCGGGGUGUGCCCAGCGAGGCCCGGCAGUGUGACUACACCGGCCAGUACUACUGCAGCCACUGCCACUGGAACGACCUGGCCAUCAUCCCAGCGCGUGUGGUGCACAACUGGGACUUCGAGCCGCGCAAGGUGUCCCGCUGCAGCAUGCGCUACCUGGCGCUGAUGGUUUCGCGGCCGGUGCUCAGGCUCCGCGAGAUCAACCCUCUGCUGUUCAACCAUGUGGAGGAGCUGGUGGAGAUCCGGAAGCUGCGCCAGGACAUCCUGCUCAUGAAGCCGUACUUCAUCACUUGCAAGGAGGCCAUGGAGGCACGCCUGCUCCUGCAGCUCCAGGACCGGCAGCAUUUUGUGGAGAACGAUGAGAUGUACUCCGUCCAGGACCUGCUGGACGCACACACAGGCCGCCUCGGCUGCUCGCUCACCGAGACCCACAUGCUCUUCGCCAAGCACAUCAAGCUGGACUGUGAGCGGUGCCAGGCCAAGGGCUUUGUGUGUGAGCUCUGCAGAGAGGGUGACGUGCUGUUCCCCUUCGACAGCCACACGUCCGUGUGCACUGACUGCUCCGCUGUCUUCCACAGGGACUGCUACUACGACAACUCCACCACGUGCCCCAAGUGUGCCCGGCUCACCUUGCGGAAGCAGUCACUCUUCCAGGAGCCUGGUCCAGACAUGGACGCCUAGAGCCGCGGGCAUCCCUCCCCCGCCUGUCUGGUGCCCACCCUCCUGGUCAUUGCCAAAGUCAAGGUGUUUCGUGUACUCUGGAGACCCUGAGGUUGCGUCCCCUGGACCUCUCCCCCCUGCUGGGCCGGAGGGGUGUGAGCAGGGACACGAGGACCUUCAUCCCCAAGGUGCUUGCAGGGACUCAGGGUGGCUGCACUGGACUGUCUCCUGGGUGUGCUGCUGCAGGGCUCCAUGGGCAGGGGAGUGCCUCCCCCAUGGCAAACAGCCCCCCAUGCCCUUGGGGCCAAGGCUGCUGCGCCUUUCUGCCCUGGAAACGCCAGAGGGCUCUGGGGGAGUGGCCGACAAGACCGAGGCCACCAGCUGCAGGCACCAGGCCUUGGCCUGAGUUUUAUCUGCAGUGGAUGGUCUGGAUUCUGCCUGGAGGCUCCCAUCCCCCCGGUCCCUUGUCUCUUUGGGGACCUAUGAUUGUCCCUGGCUGGGGCUGUUCAUGACUGCCUCCCAAGGUUCUUUCUCUCCGGGUCAUCCUCCAAUAGGGUCAGUCCAGGGGUCACUGGCUUUUCUACACAAUGUGGGGGGAAGUGGCCAUGGAGCCUCUGCUCCUGCCUCCGCCCAGUCCCGCUUACCCUGGUGCUCUGAGCUGGGUGGCUGGGAUCCAGCUUGAGGACCAGGGACUGUGCCCCCAGGGGAGGUUCCAGGUUAGGCAAGAGAGUUGGUUACAGUAGGCCUGGGUGGCAUUUCUCGGGACCAAAUUUGCCCCUGAGGAGCUCCGUCCUGCUGCCACAGUGCCUGCAGAGGGCUUGGGAUGGCUCAGAAACCACCAGUCGGGGGGCCCUUUUGUUUGGGGGCCUGAGGUUGGUGCCAGGGAAAUUUGCUUGAGGGAGCUCCAGAGGAAGCUUGGGCAUGGGGUGUGCGAGGUCCCGUGCUCCAGCUGACAAAGGGACCCCUGGACGGAGGAUGAGACCCACAGCUCUUCUAUGGGGAGCUGCAGCCGGCCUUGGCAUUUGCAGGGACGCUUCGUGCUAUGGAGACCCUGUUGUCGAGAGGAGGGCCCUUGGGAAGAGGAUGUUUCAGGACACAGCUUCCCAGUCUUGCCUGCCCUUCUCCUCACCUUGGACUGUGCCUGGGUGCUGAUGCAGGUGGUUGACAUACACAGGUGGUGGGUGGCGGGCAAAGAGCGUAGCUGCCUGGAUAUCCAUCACCUCUGACCAGGAAGCCCAAGAGGAGAUGCCUCGGCCAGCAGAACAGUCAGCUUAGCUCACUAGCCAAGGUGAAGUCUGGGUAAAGAGCGUCACCUCUCCUCGUCCCUCUGCACCAUCAGGACAGCCCCAUGUGGUGGCUUUGGGCAAUCCUCUCGCUGUCCUGACCUGCCUCAGUGUGUGACGGUGAGAAGGGAACACAGGUGAGGUCAAGGUCGGGUCAACAACGGGUUCACCCUCUGCUUCCCUUCUGGGUUGAAGAGGGAGUUAAAGGCCAAGUGCUGUUUUCCUACAGCCCCAGAUCUGCACAUUUCUCGCCGCUGCCUCAUGGUUCUGUCCUAGUGAUACUGGCCAUUCCUGAAUUUACUGUGUAAUCAACAUUGCAUUAUUCCAGUUACAAUCACCGUGUCAUAGAAACAUUAGUAUGCUGGCAUUUGUGGGACAAAGAGUUGGCUCCCCCUCUUUUAUUUUUCAACUGCCCCCACCCCGUUUCCUCCUCCCCCAACACCUCUUCCUCACCUACCCCUUGUGGAUGAAGACUUUAAACAGAAUCACGUGUGCAUCUUUCUGAGUCCACAGCACAGUAGCAAGAACCCACCGAGGAAUCAGUUUGCACAGCCAGCACCUCACAGAGGAGCAGUGAGGGACACCCAGGUGUAACGAUGCCAUAGCUGCUGUCUUAUUAAAUCUGUGUUCUCUAGA